GGUGUGUAGGCGGCAGCAAUGCUCCGUUGAGAGACGCGGCUUUCGGCAAGAACUGGACUCGUGGCGCCACAAGCUCAUUCACUGUGUCCCGUUUCCCUCUGUGCGGCGGCCGGCGGGACCAUAAGGGCUUAACUCAUAUAUUUAACCCCCCUCCAAAAAGGUUUGAAAGUAUUCUUGAAGGGCUGUUUGGACCUGCAUUAUUAAAAGAUCUCAGUUUAUUUAAAGACUGUGAACCUGAAAACAUUUCUGAUUGGACUUUUGAUGAAAAUUGUCUAUUCUGUUGCUUGAGAAGAGAUAAAGUAAAGGGACACUUAGUCGGUCUGGAUGAACCAGCUUCGGGAGCUGGGCAAGAAGCUCUGCUUAAACAAGAGCAAGCAAAAAUCAUUCGAUUCGAGAGACAAGCAGAAGAGUUCCUCAAUGCAGUCUUUUAUAGAAAAGACAGUCCCUGGGUCUCCGACCCCAAUAUUCCCCUAGUGGCCCGUGAGAUCAUGCAGCGAAUGAUCCAACAAUUUGCUGCUGAAUAUACCUCAAAAAAUAGCUCUACUCAGGACCCCAGCCAGCCCAAUAGCACAAAGAACCAAAGCCUGCCGAAAGCAUCUCCAGUCACCACCUCUCCCACGGCUGCAACUACUCAGAACCCUGUGCUCAGCAAACUUCUCAUGGCUGACCAAGACUCACCUCUGGACCUUACUGUCAGAAAGUCUCAGUCAGAACCUAGCGAACAAGACGGUGUACUUGAUCUGUCCACUAAGAAAAGUCCGUGUGCUGGCAGCACAUCCCUGAGCCAUUCUCCAGGCUGCUCCAGUACUCAAGGGAACGGUGAGAAUUCAACAGAAGCUAUAGCAGUAGAUUCUAACAAUCAGUCGAAGUCCCCACUGGAGAAGUUUAUGGUCAAACUGUGCACUCAUCAUCAGAAGCAGUUCAUCCGUGUCCUGAACGAUCUGUACACUGAAUCCCAGCCGGGCACCGAGGACCUGCGACCUGAUUCUGGAGCAAUGGAUGCAUCCACUUGCAAUGCUAGCUGUGCCCAGCUAGGCACCAGACAUAAGGAAAAGGAUGCUGCACGUCUCGAUAUGAUGUCUCCUACUUCUGUAGAUUUGUUUGUAGACUCAUCAGGCUCACACAGCCCUCCACACUUGACAGAACAGGCCCUGAGGGAGCCUCCUCCUGAGACAAACUCUGUAGAUGGAAGAGAGAAUGCCUUGACUAUUAUCCAGAAAGAUUCCUCUGAACUUCCAACCACUAAACCUAAUUCUGGUAGUUCAACGGAUAGUUCCAGUCUGGGAUACCUCACCACAUCUAAUUCUUCCUCAUUAAGCUUCCACCACAUCUCUAAGAGCUUGGAGGGGCAAACCACUGGACAGCAGCAAGACACAAAUGUGAAAAUAUGUGAGGAGGGGAAAGACCAUAUGCAGAGCUCAGCUUUAGUAGAAAGUCUGAUUGCAGUGAAAGUGGCAGCUGAGAAUAGUGAAGAAAGCAACAGCUGUAUUGUUUCUCAAAGAAAUUCAUUCAAAGCUUUAUCAGAAGAGGCUUGGGACUCAGGGUUUACUGGGAAUUCACCUAGAACUGCUGACAAAGAGAAUGCUUUACUGUGUAGCUCAAAAACACCUUUGCGCCAAGAGUUAGAGUCCAGUGAACAAGAUUCAAGGCCAAAGCAAGAGAACCAUCUUCACUCACUAGGAAGAAAUAAGGUGAGUUAUCAUUUACAUCCCAGUGAUAAGGGUCAGUUUGAUCAUUCCAAAGAUGGUUGGUUAGCCCCCAGCCCCCUGCCAGCCGUACACAAAGCAUCUAAUGGACAUUCGCGAACCAAGAUGAUAUCAGCCUCCAUUAAGACAGCUCGGAAAAGUAAAAGGGCAUCAGGGUUGAGGAUAAACGAUUACGAUAACCAGUGUGAUGUCGUUUAUAUCAGUCAGCCAAUAACAGAAUGCCACUUGGAGAAUCAGAGAUCAAUAUUAUCUUCUCGAAAAACAGCCAGGAAGAGUACUCGAGGGUACUUCUUCAAUGGUGAUUGUUGUGAGCUGCCAACUGUUCGCACACUGGCCAGAAAUUUGCACCCCCAAGAAAAGGCGAGCUGUUCACCGGCAGAAGCAGAGGGAGCGGUCACUCCCAGGCAGACACUUCCACGUUCAGCCCCUGGACCUGCAGUGGAUAUACAGCAUCCCAGAGAGGACAACCAUGAGGAACCUAGUAAAGAAAUAACCUCCCUUAAGGAAGGAGAAAGAGAAGCUUCCUCUGAAAAGGAGUCUCAAGAGCCUGAGGUCUGCCCCAUGACAAAUAAACCAAAUCUGAACAGCUCUCCUAGGUCAGAGGAAACAAUAGCCUCCAGCCUGGUGUCGCGUCUCCCUGCUCACCUUCCCGAAGAGGACAUUCCAGAAGGCAGCUCCAUGGUCUCAACUCCCACAGCAAGUGGGAUGGCUUCCCCUGAACGAGACGAACAACCAGUUGAACUGCUGGAUAUCAAGGAGGGGACUGUCACCCAAGACUGUCACCUGAUUUCCUCUACUGAGAGCAUUUCUGAGGGAGGCAGUGAAGUUGUUGUUUCUAGACCUCAUUCUUCUCCUGAAACAGUCAGUAGAGAGGAAGGUCCUCUGUGCUCAGAAAGUCAGAGUCCCCCAGUGGGCUUGGAGCCUCCCCUGAGCCUGGGAAAAGCUGAAGACAGCCAAAGCAUCAGUACCGAGGCCGAGACUGAAGACACUCAGGAGCUAGAUACUGACCCACUCUUGAAGGAAAGCAGCACUUUUACUAAUGAAAACCCCAGCAAAAUUGAGGACAGUGAGGCAGCAGGUGGUACAGGAAAACCAGAGGGACAGGGCAGUGAUGUAAAACAUUCUUCAGAAAAAGGUAUGUGUGAUCAAAACAUUGACUCCCCUGAAGAGAAUGUGGACAAGAAGAAAAAAGGUAAAAAACUCCCUGAGGCCUCUGACAGGUGCCUGAGGAGUCAGCUUUCAGAUCCCUCCUCUGCCGAUAGGUGCCUAAGAAGUCAAAGUUCAGAUUCUUCCUCUACUUGUCCUGAGAUCAAGAUUUCUAAAAAUCCUGGUAUGAAACGUUCUAAAAAGGAAGGGUACUCUGGCGAGACAGCAUCAGAGGGCCUUCUGGCUGACGGUUUCCAUACAAAAGGUCUGGAGGACACUGAAAACCCAGGUGUCGAUGAAAAUCCCUCUGAGAAAGACGCUGAGCGGGAGGGCGAAGGAGGUGGGAUCAUCACCAGGCAGACUUAUAAAAACAAGCUGGCAAAAGAAGUCAAGGGGGAAGAAGGAGAUAUUUUCCCCAGCAGUGAUCCCAUAACCACAGUUGGCCAGCCCCUGCCUGGAGAGAGACUGGAAAUCUAUGUUCAGUCUAAGUUAGGAGAGAAAAAUGCUCAUGACCCCUCAGAAGGUAUUCCUUGUACUUUCCCAGAACAAUCAAAAGAGAAGCCAGAACCAAUUCCUGCACAAGAUCCGGAGGAGGUUGCGAAUGAGGUCGGCACUGCAAACGCCCAGCGGAAAGAUGACGAUAGUGACCCACCGUCCAGUGCACCUGGGUUGUCAAGUAGUGGAAGUGGUGAUGCCGCUGGGCCCCCAAAAUGGGUACCGAGGCUUACAAGAUUGACCUCUUCAACCUACAACCUAAGACACGCUCAUUCUCUGGACUCCUUAGAUACUGCAAAAAUGACUUCAGAAAAGGAAGCAGCUCAAGGAAACCCAAUGCCAAAGGAAAAUGAAGCCUCAGAGAGUGGAGAUCGUGUAGACGAGGAUGAUGUGGACACGGUGGUAGAUGACCAGCCAAAGUUUGUGGAAUGGUGUGCAGAGGAGGAGAACCAAGAGCUUAUUGCCAACUUCAAUGCACAGUACACAAGAGUUCAGAAAGGCUGGAUCCAGCUGGAGAAAGAAGCCCAGCCAACACCAAGAUCAAGGAACAAGUCAGAUAAACUGAAGGAGAUUUGGAAAAGCAAGAAAAGGUCACGGAAAUGUAGGGGUUCAUUGGAGGUUCAAAAGUUUUCUCCUGUUCAGAUGCUGUUUAUGACAAACUUUAAAUUAUCUAAUGUUUGCAAAUGGUUCUUAGAGACAACUGAAACCCGGUCUCUGGUGAUUGUGAAGAAGCUCAAUACUCGUCUUCCGGGAGAUAUUCCCCCUGUCAAGCAUCCUCUUCAGAAGUACUCUCCUUCCAGCCUGUACCCCAGUUCACUGCAGGCUGAACGCUUGAAAAAACACUUGAAGAAAUUUCCCGGAGCUACUCCUGCUAGGAACAAUUGGAAAACACAGAAGCUCUGGGCCAAAUUUCGAGAGAAUCCUGACCAGGUGGAGCCAGAGGAUGGCAGUGAUAUCAGCCUCAGCCCCAAUUCUGAAGACAGCGUAGAGGAAGUCAAAGAAAGUCGAAAUAGCCAUCUUCCCACAAACUCACCUACCCCAGCCAGUACCCGGAUCCUUAGAAAAUAUUCCAAUAUUCGAGGAAAGCUCAGAGCCCAGCAAUGUUUGAUCAAGAAUGAGAAAAUGGAAACCCCGUUCGGGCAGGCUGUGGAAAGUAAACAGAGUUGUAAGAGUGUAUGCAUCAACCCGCUGAUGUCCCCCAAGCUUGCCCUGCAAGUGGAUGCAGAUGGGUUUCCUAUUAAGCCCAGGAGUACUGAUGGAAUGAAGGGAAGGAAAGGGAAGCAGAUGUCUGAAAUCUUGCCGAAAGCAGAAGUGCAGAAUAAACGCAAGAGGACAGAAAGCGGCGGCACUCAGGACAGGAAGGACACAGGAAGGUCCCCUGUGGUGAAAGCCAGCAAAGACAAGCAUGCCGAUGGAUCCACCAGAACCCCUGCGGCCAAGAAGCCAGCUGCGAGGGACCGAAUCAGCCAGCUGCCCAAAAAGACAUCCUUGAAAGAGAAUAAGCUGAAGACCGCUAAGAAGUCUCCUGGGAAGAGCUGCCCUCCGUCCAGGAGGGAAAAAGAGAAUACAAACAAAAGACCCACACAGCCCGCUGCCCCGGAGACAGGGACGAAACCUGCAAAGCAAAAGGGGGCAGGUGAAUCCUCUUCAAGGCCACAAAAAGCCACCAACAGGAAGCAGAGCAGUGGAAAGACUCGGGCCAGACCCUUGACGAAAAAAACCCCAGAGAGCAGUGCGGCCCAGAGAAAGCGAAAGCUGAAGGCAAAGCUGGACUCUUGUCACGGCAAACGGAGACGGCUGGAUGUGAAGUGAUCGGAAGGCUGGCAGCCACGAGCUAAACUGUCCUACAGAAAGUAACCCUUCACUUUGCAUUAACUAAGUCUGCUUUUAUAAGCUCAGCCGGCCUUUGAGAUCUGCAGUUAACGGAGAACACCACCAUUGAAGAUGUCAGAAAAUGCAUCUUAGAUGGAGACGGGAACUUGCAGUCUUUCUCUGAGGCUGAGUAAGGGAAGUUAUAUAUUAUAUUCUGGUUGUUCCUUGGGUUUUAAACUUGGAACCAAGCAGUUUUAGUUUUUAAAAGUACAGUGCCUUAUUUAUCCUUUUUGUUUUUAAAUUUACAAAAGCUAAAAAGCUGAUCUAUGUGAUUAAAGGCUUGUAUUUUAUACUUGAUGCACAAGCACUUGUACUGUAGCCGAGAAGACCACCAUCAUGCACAUAAAAGUAGCUUUUCAGCAGCCAUCCUGCAGUGUCUGUACCUGAACAGAUGCUCCUCUUUGCAAACCUGAGCAGUGAACUUCCCUCUGUGUCUUGUUUGUUUAAAUGAUAUUCGAAAGCUAAACCAAAUCAUUUUUAUGGUAUGUGGAGAUUGCAGAGGGAAUUUAUAAUUAUUAUGAAAGAUGAAUAUUUCUGUUACCCCUUUUUUAAAAAAUCAUAUUCAUUAUUGGUCACUCCUCUCACUUUUGGCCUUCUGUCAUUUAAAAAAUGUAUUCUAAAUUAUGUGCCCAUGGGACAAAAGAUGUGUCACAAGGUGUUAAUAUUGGGUUGUGACCUCUAAAAUUUAUUUACACCCCCCAGGUGACUUGCAUUACUGAUUCUUACCAUCCUUUUCAUUUUUGGCCUUGCAAGCUUGCUAGCACUCUAACAAGGUUUUCACCUGACUUUGAGGGGGAAAAUGUAGGAUUUUUUUUUUCCAUCUUGUAACUAUAACUUGACAAUUAGGAUGAGAGUGACUAUUGUAAUAUUCUUUCUUACCCUGAAUACUUCCAUAUUCAAAGAAAGCCAAGUUGUUGUUUUCAGUAAUAGAAAAGUUUCAGAGUUUGUGUGUGCAUGUGCAUUUGGGCGCAUUUGCCUGUGGUUAUUAGCCACAGAUGUCUCCCAGCCGCAGUUCUACAGUAAAAUUCUUUCUUCCCCAUACAGUUUGCUAAGGUGUUCACGAGCUGGGUAAUUAGCACAGGCCAGAUGGUUUAAAUGUGGCCCAGGGUCUCUGUGAGUAUCCGCAAAACCAGUUUGGCACCAGACUCAGAAAGGUCUAAACAGCGCAGUUAUGUAAAGGUCAGAGCGACCUUGUAGUGGGAGGAGACAGCUCCGGCAUCUCCUAGCGAGCCCACACCCCUCCUCCCAUCUGGAGUUGGUGUUCAAUUGGCGUGUCCCAGUGGGGAUGUACGUGUGUAGAGUGGGUGUUCGCAUUCUGAUUGAUUAGCACCAUCCUGGUAGUUAAUGCUUGUGGUAUCACUCCUGCCUCUAUCAUGUCAGGCUCUGUUCCUUGGCUUGAAAGUGAGAGCUGCAGUGUUUGUAACUAAUGUUGUUUGCCUUUCCCGAGUGACGCCUGAGAUGGUUGCACUGGUUUUACCCUGGUGCCUAUGACAUUGCUUCAUUAUAACACAGUGUGUACUCAGCAUCUCCCCUGAGCCACUCUACAGAAAAGCCUUGGUUGUUAGAACUUCAGCCAGCCUCUCUACUGUGCUCUGUCACAGAAGUAGGCUUAUCUGGACAGGUGCUACUCUGUCCUUUUUACUAAAAAAAUUCCAUUUUAGAUUGUUCAGAUGUAUUUAGGUAAACCCAGAUGGGCUUUUUUCAUGCAUAGUUCAGUCAGGUCAUGAUAAAACAGGCCUUCUACCCAUUCUGUUAAAGAUUCGCUGUAUAUAAUGAGAACUUCUGCUGACUGGAUAGGACUGGAGAGAAAUGUUUGAUUCAUGGGAAAUUGAGAAUUGUAUUGAAUUUCAUAGACUAUCUUCAGUGAAGCCUUGACUCCCCCCCCCAUGUCUCCUCUAUCCCAUGAGUCUCUUAUUUUCAUUUUAAUAUCUUCGACUUUGGCCAUUCAAGAGCUACCUAUAUUAAUGAAACUGCUGAGUGUGUAUGUUGGACAGCCCUUUCUCAGCAUUAAGUUGCACAGAAGCAUUAGUAUGUUUUCAGUAGGUUCGGUUAAUCUUUGAAAAGUGGUUUUAAAGUUUUUAAAAAAUAUUUUCAUAUAGUCGUCACUGGAUACUGUUUUUGUGGUGACUUAAACAGCUGAGGGGUGCCGAGGUCACGUGUGCUGACUCCUGUACUUGUUGUAGGUGCCCCCCUUAGCUGCAUGCCGACUACCUUGUAGUGGUGCUUGGAUUAGGUUAGGGAGAGGUGCGAGGCAGUGAGCAGGUGCAGCCCUUCCAGUUCCAGGCUUAUUAACUCAUUCCAUUAUUUUUCUAAGUUCUUUUUCACUUUAAAAAGCAUACUUCAAGAUAAUAGCCUUUUCUCCCAUUUUAGGCAACAUUUGAGAAAAGGUAUCAAUUUGUAUGCAUUUUUUUUUUAAUACACUGCUGUGGAUCAUCUUUAAAAUCAACUUACAUUUUAUAGUAGUAACAACACUUAAAUAGACUGGGAUUCUACAUAAUUAGAACACUUAAAAGUUUAGAAGUAUUUUUAUAUUUGUUGAAUCUCCUUUUUGCUGAUUCAGUUAAUUUUGCUAAUAGAAGAAAGGAAAAAAAAUGAACUUGAGGGCUGGCUCUGGAACGCCCUUUUACACUUACAGCCGAGGCUGGCAAAACUGUCUCCUAGACAUCUCCAAGCCAGAUGACUCAAGUCCCCCCUUGCUUUCCCUGUCUUGCAAAGACCUCCUUCCAUGUUCACAGUAUGGCUGGCCACCAGAUGCAAAGGCAGUGGGUCCCACAUUCCAGAUUCCAAAUCACAAAAGAAUUCUGCUCCUGGGCCUAUACUCAGUACAGUGACUGUCCCAGCAAUGGAGCUGAAGUUGCUGACCAGAGAACUCUGGUAUUACCUCUGAGCUUCUGGGAGAGCUGCAGGGGCCCUGGGGAGCAAUCACUGAAGCUCUACCUUAGCUCCCCAGAGCUGGGCCCUCUUCGGGAGACCCGUCUUCGAGUCCCACUUCCUAGCCCCUAAGGCUCCCUGGGUUUGGGAGGACAACAUGGAGACCCUCCCUAGUCAGGGCCCAGAGCCUCACCCACAGCACCCCCUCAAACCCCUGGCAGUCUGCAGCACAGCAGGGAGGCAGGGAACCUUUCUUCUGCUCUUAAGGCAUCCUGCAUAGGAAUGUCACUGGUGUCUGUUAAUCUGCAAUUGCUAGUCUCUUGGAUCCCGUAGGGAGGCCAGUUCUGUUGCAUCUCUAUUUCAGUAAAGAUUUCUACACAAGCCUUAUCUAAAAACAAGAAUCUUGGGCUGUGGGUUUCGCUCUUGCAGUAGUAUGGAUAGGAGAGGUGCAGGUCGCAGUCCCUUCACAGAGGCGGUGCUCCUGAUGGGCUCCUCUGUGCAUCUCUCACUGUUCAGAUAGGACAUCAGUGAAACACAUCACUUCAAGACAGUUGCUUUGAACUGAAGUUUGGUCUCUUUUCUGCCUUGUGGUGGAUUCCGUAGUGAGGGCUACAGUUGUCACUUUCCUCUCUGGGCGAUGUCUUGCUGAUUGAAGGACCUAAGAUCUUGCUAAGGAGGAAAGGACAGCAUGCGACACAAUGCAGAUGUCACCACCAGCGAGUCUGGUGGCUUGUCACCGCGCCUGGGUAUUGGAGUUCCCCGAGGUGCUGCGCCCAGGAGCCACCCCUGUUCCUGUUGGUUUCCUGUCAGCCCACGCGAGCUAUCUUUUUUGCAGACCUUGAGAGAUCAAGGGUCUGCAGAAUACGGGCUGGUCGCUCUUUUGUAAAUAGAAGUUUAUUGGAACAUAGCCAUGCCCGUUUGUUUACGUACUUUCUGUGGCUACUUUCCAGCAGAGUGGAGUGUCUACAGCAGAGACUCUAUGGCUUGCAAAGCUGGAAAGAUUUACUGUCUGGACCUUCAGAAAAAGUGUGCUGACCCUCCUUGUUUAAGAAAAAUCAUCCUUUUUCAGGAACAAAUUUUGCCUGAUUUAUCUUCUCCUUUCUUUUGCCUGCCCCCCCCCCCCCGUCCUCUUCUUUCCUUUUCUUCUUUCUCCUCCUUCCCUUCCUUCAGUUUUGUUCUUCCUUUCACAUUUCUUUAUGUCUCCUUGCUACAGAAGAGACACGAUGUGUUGUUAGAGCACACUGGACCCUGCCUCCUGACACUUGAGCUACCGCAGCCUCACACCUCGCCUCUUUGAGCCGCCCAUCGCUGGCCGCAGUGAGGCCGCCGGUAGUCUCUAGGGUCAGCCCCACAGGCGAAGAGGGCUUCAGAGUUCUCAGUGCAGCCCUGGCCCCUCAUUUCCCUCUGUCCUUAUCUCAGACCUGACUCUGGCUUCACAUCUUGUGUGUUACUGAGGCAAGCCAGGAUUUGUUUUUGUUUUUGUUUUCAAAAUUAGUUGAGGAUACUUCAGUUGGAGGUUCAGUUUUCUGAGCCACAUGUUUAGAUACAGAAAAAGCCUUUUCACAGAAGAAAAAUAAAGUCCAGUCACUAACCCAAAGUUUUUAUUAUGUAAUGUUUUUGGCCAGCUUCUAGGAAAAUAAAAAUGUAUCAGUACUAAUAUUUUUUCAGUCACAUACUCUCCUUUCAAAAUAACUUUAUUAAAGGCAAGCCAACAAAUAAAAAAUAGGGGCUUGCUUUGAACAUGCUUUUAGAAAAGAACAGAAAAUUGGAGCAUAUUAGAACCUGAGUAUAACUGAGAAGUUGUAGAUUGUAUCUUUGGAUCAAAUCCAGUCAACUCUAAGCUGUUGGUCCUCCCUCUCCCGCACAACUCAAGAAUAAGCUUCUAUACUGUGCUACAAAUGAAGUUGAAUGUCAUGUCAAUGAAAAAAUUUCUGUCAGUGGCCCCAGAACAGUGAUUGUUUCAAUUAUUUUGAAACAGAUAAUUAUUAUUUUGACUUCUCAGCUAUUAAUUUUUGUCUUCUUAUGGCUUGAUGUCCACUGAAAUACUGCAAAUUUUUCCUACAAGUAUGAAAUCAUGUCUAGGUAUCACACAUUGGCAAGGCAGUCCUCACCUCCCAGCAGUAAACAUACUUCCCUCCCAAAUCCUUUUUCAGGGAAAAAAAUGAAAAUAAAAAGAUUAUUGUAUUUAAAACAAGCAGAAUUGUGAAAAGCCUUUUGAGGCAACCUUCAGUACAGUUCAUCCCUUGAAAUGUCAGAACAAGCUGCUUUGUUCUACAGUGGACGGGUUGGAAGACUUGAGGGUCUGACCUCUUUCCUUUAAAGAUAUUAAGUCAUACUCAGGCAGGAACCCAGAGCUCUCUGAUACUGCUUCCGACUUAGGGCUUUGCCAUGUUCUGCUGGGGGCACCUAGAGGAUCACCUGGGGCGCUUCUGCAGAGGGUAUGCUUGCUCAUGCUUUUGCUCUUGGAAUUGAGCUGGCGCUGGUCAGUUCCUUCCAUUACCUCCUGUCUGUCUGUCCUUCCCUUUCCCAGAGUGCCGGUGGUGUAUGCUCGGUGCUCAGGAGACAUCCUUAGCUUCGGUGUUCAGAGGGGCAGUUGUGUAGCUAUGCCCCCCUGGCAAGCACAGUGGUGCACAGAGGCUUUCUCCCCUGCCUGAGGCCAGUCCACGUCACACAAGGUGCUCAGCAGUAGGCAAGGUACGCAGAAGUACAGAUGGCCCAUAAAACAGCAAUAGCAGCAGCAAAAAACAGGUUUUUUAAAAACAUUUUCUAAUAUGCCGGAGGUUGGAGGAAUGCAUUUUACCUUUUUUUUUUUUAAAAGGAUUAUAUUAAAAAAAAAAAAAAAACAGGUGAAAGAUUUAUGCGACCUAAAGAGAAACCAGAGUAACAGAGACCAUAUGUAGCUGACACAGCCUAAAAUAUAAAAUAUCCACCACCUGGCUAUUUACAGAAAAGGUUUACUGACCCCUGUAGUAUGUCAUUCAAGGUCAGUUAUGCAGACAGGCACAAAGGUUUUUCCUGUAAUCCAGCCUUGCACCAUUUCUGUCCUUUUAGAUUUGAGGGUGUCUUGCCAGUUCAUCUCGGCACACAGCUGUUGUUGCAUGUUAUUUCUGAGUAAUGCUUGUGCAGUAAAGAAAAAGAAAAUAUCCCCCUUCAUUGAUUGAAUAUUUGUUGAAUCGUGACCUUACCUACUAGGAUAAGUAGUUAAAACUCUCUUAGUCUCUUACAAAGUCUCUUAAGUCUUCCUCUAUGGCAAACAGAUUUAGUAAUGGACCUAAAGCCGAGAUAGUGCCUCUCCUGGCCAGCACAGGUGGGCUCCUUUUACCCCCUAGAGCCCUCCUUUUCUUUUUUGUGUACAGCAUAUUUGCAAGCUCACUCCCCCAGCUUUGGUCACUACUUGUGAAUAUAACUGGCUGGCCUGUGCCUGUUUGAACCUCGAAUCCAGCCUGGCCAUUCUCAGCUCUCUUAAAAACACCAGCAUGUUGAUGGCACCUUGUUGGCACACCAGCAGCUGCAGACUGAAGAAGAGCAGAGCUCUCUGACCUGGCUCGUCUCAUUUGGAGGAGCCAUCCUUGACACCUCGCCUCUUCCCUCUUCUGCUCAGGCCACCCUGCCCCCUUCCAGGAGGUGUCUUCUCGGGGACGGUCUCUCAUCUCCCGAGCAUGUCACUGACCACAGGCGUGUCAUACUAGAAGCCUCUUUCUCCGUAACUCUUUAUUUUCCUUCUAGAAUUUAGCCAUUGGGUCCAGAUGCUCUUCAGUUUAUCAGCUUUUUCAGCCCACUUGUUGUCUAUAAUCUGCACCUCAUGCUGUCUUGCAGCUGAAGCUGUAGUAUUUGGGAGGUAGUUUGUGGGAAAGAUGCUCUACAAACAAGAUCUGCAUAAUUUUGUAUAUUUAUACCACAUAUAGGGAUUCGUUUUAGAGCCACUGUAGCUUAAGGGUAUUAGUUUCACCAGUGUUCUAGGAGACUGUGUUAUUGACUGUGGUUUCAAAUAUGUUAUAUAAUACAUAGUUAUUCACACCACUGUGGAAUAUAUUUCACUGUGUAAAUAGUGAUAUUUUCCUGUUCAAAUGCUUCUAUAGAAAGUAUUUAUUUUAACAACAAAAAAUUAACUGUCAAAAGGGCUUUCCAAAAAAGUGUUCUUUCUAGCCACCCAUCUUCCCCAAUUGCCAUGCUCAUUCAUUGAACCCUCAGACAAUGUAGUGAAGGCAGAGGGUGCGGCGUUGAAACCCUCACUCUGGGCAUAUGCAAUGUGGAUUGGGAACCUGAGUGCUUCCCCCCAGUGUCAUCCCGUCCCAGAGCAAAGUGGGUCUCCCAGCACUGGUACGGCCGUGCCAGGCGUCACAUCAGGGCUUGCCUCAAGCAGCCCACGUUUUGCAUGCACAGUUGAUACCUUCUGACUGUCCAACCGCCUGUGCAGCGAAAUGAGCCUUAGUUGUAACCCCAAGGAAAUCCAAACCCAUACCUGUGGGAUAUGGAGAAACCACUGGUUGCCUAAAGAAAGCAUUAAGGUAUUUUGUAGUCUUUCUCAUGUUUGUGAAAGACGCACACCUGUUCACACUCAUUAACCAUGGGAGAUAAGCGUGUUUCCUUCUGCACCUUGACAGUACUCGAGAGCACCUCAGCUCCUCCUCCUCCUCCUCCACUUGCUCUCCCUCCUCCCCCUUUUCCCUGUCUCAGCAAGCAUCUGUGCAGAUGUGGGCCAGUCCCACCUGUAACCCGUGGUUACAGAAUGAGACCUUCUGUUCUCAGAUGUAUUCAGCUUUACUUCUCAGGAGUCUUGGUCUGCGAUUCAGAGCACCCCUAGAUGUAAUGGAACUGAUGGCUUUAUGAUCAUGUUCCUCUUCCCUGUGCCCCAUUCCUGGGCACCUCUGUCUGAGUCAUGAUUCUCAUUCCACCCAGCUGGCUGGACUGAGAACUGCGGCUCCAGGACCGCAGAGCGCUUGGGACUGGGCACACAGGGGGUUUUGUCCUCCAGUUGAACCAUAAUUUGCAUAUUUUCUUAUGGCCUCCCUUUGUCUUUUCUAACAAAUGAGGAGGACACUUGAACAGUAAUGCUGGAGAAUGUUUUUUUCUAAGAUACUAUUUGUAAGCAAAUCUGAUUUUAAGAUGAAAUGUGAAUGGGUAACUAGGUGCCAGGGAAUUUAGCACUGAACUAGACAGUCAACACUUUUUUAACCUUUGCAGGAGGAAAUAGAUUUUGCUCUCAUCUAAUGUUCGCAAGAAGUAAUGUUGUAAAUAGUUUUUUAAAAAUAUUUAUUACGUGUGCUGUAUACAGAUUCAUGUUCUGAGUGGUGUUGGUCUGCACUGUAGUAUUGUAGAAGGAUAUAUUUUGAGCAGUGGACUUACUUUCAUAACACAGUUCACACAUGGAGAAAGAACAGAAACCAGCAGGUUGAGAGCUAUUUGGGGGCAUUUGAUCUGUAAUGCUACAUCAGUCCAAGCUUUAACUGCCCCCUCUUCUCAUCUGGUUAUGUUAUAUAUUAUAUAUAUAUAUACACAUAUGUAUGAUAAACUGGUCAGUUCCCAGAUCUGCAGAGCAGAUUUCCAGGUGUUCUUUCUGAUGUGCUGCGCAUAAGCAAUAAGAUCCUAGGAAAUAGCGUUUGUUCCGGGCUCUGCGUUGGCCCUUGUCUCAGAGGGUAGGGUGGGGGUAGAACAGCUCUUGCUAAGACCUCUUGCCUUUACCGGAGAGGUGGCUGUACUUGAAUUUUUGCUUCUGUUUGUCUGCACGCUUCCUCAUGUCAUACAACUCUACCAAUGGAUGAGAAAUCUGCCAGCACCAGACACAUCAAAAAUUGGUCAUGGAGAUUGAAAAAUGAUCCUUUUUCCAUGAAUUUGUAGGGCUUCCAGAAUCUAGUUGAGGCAAAGCUCAUUUGGCUAUAAACAUAAAUUGCCAGCUAAAAGCCCUUUGAGUCUAUCCGCCCUGCCUUUGAAAGCUAAGCCCGUUUCCUGUGAUCCUCCUCUGUGCCUGGGUUUGAAACGUCUGCGGUGAAACCCUUUAGAUCCGAGCAAGGCAGGCAGUCCCUCUUCCACGGCUCCCAGCGUGUCCAGUUCCACAGCUUUCUAAGCAGCUUUCUAGCAGCCUCUCCUGUGACCGUCCUAAACUUUAUGAAAAAUACCCCACACCCAAAUAACCAUGGAUAGGAUAAGGUAGUUUUUUAGGCUUUUGGAAUAUGUCUUCUCUUUUGUAUUUAUGAUGGUGUUUGGAAUUUUUCACUAGUGUUUUUUUAGAUUGAAGUGGGUGCGUUAGGAAAAAAAAAAAACUUUCCAUUGCUGAGCCUGAAAGCAAGCAAGAGGAAAGAGACUGACUAUAUUGUGUCAUUGGGGAGGUGACUACUUGUGGUGGUGGGAGGGCGGGGAGGGGCGUCGUAGAUUAUGUGGGAGUAAAAUAGAACUCUGGCCUGAGGCUCCCCAAGUGUUAUUACCUUGUAAUAAAUAAUCCCCUUAUUAGCCUCACUUAAUCUCAAUAGAAGCCUGCUGUUUACCCUCAGGGAACAAGUAGUUUUCAAAAUUGAGCUCCUCCAAGGUCACUGGCCUAUGCCUGUGUGCAGGCAUUGGUCGUCUUUGUGAACUCAUGGCAUUAUUUUCCCAUAUGCAUUAUGAUACUAAGAAAUUCAACCCCAACCUGUAUGAAAAGCACAGCCCAGGGUCCUACUUUAGGCUAGAGUUAAUGCCUUUCAGGGGCCAAGGGGGCAUAGGAGGCCCAUGCAAUUUAACUGAAGCUCAGGUGCCGUGUGGGAUUUUUAUUCUUUUUAGGCCACGACCCUUCAGAAUGAGAUUAGGGCAGGGGCUGCUGAUCCGGCUGUGGAUCCAGGGAGCUCUAAGAUGAAUCUCUACCGUUCCUUUAAGGUCUUUCUGGUUCCUCCCAGUGUUGUCAUUGCCGAGGUCAAUCUUGUAGUUGUUCAGAUGUGCUCCUUUUUGCUGUCUUGUGAGUCUUAGCCAGUGAUCCAGAUGCCCAAGGAGAGAGUCUCCGAGGGCCUAGCCCCUUCCCAGUAUCAAGUGUGUGCUCCUAACCUGUGUGAAGGUGGUCUUUCCAAAAGCAGUGAAUUGAGAAAUUCUGCAAAUGGUAAUCUGGAUGAUCGGCGUGUAUCUCUUGGGCCUGGAUUUCCAUUAUGUUAGUGAGUGUAGGAAAAUACUGUGUCUUUAAUGGAUGAAAAUUCAAUGUAUGCUGUGAAUUUGUUGGUUUGAAACAUUGAAAAAUUUUCAUUAGACAAUGUUUACAUACCUCACCUGAAGAACCUUUGAGAGUGUAUAUAUGAAAUUAAAAAAUAUAUUAAGUUGCUUUAAAACAAUAUGUAUAGCUAUAAAAGUUGGAGUUAUUUUAACUUUGAAUACGUACCAAGUCUCUUAAAUAUUGAAAUCUGUGGGCUUUUUGUGCUUCUGUGUUUUACUUUCCUAUUAGGCCAUGUAGGAAACUGUGUUCUUGUUAUUGGUAAAGGGGCCCUCGCUGAAAUCCAAGCUUGGAAGGAUUUCCUUUGUUGUUUCAGAUUUUCUUGUUUGGUUUUGAGGGAUGGGGUAUGGAGCUAGAGGAUGUGUGGGAGGGAUUUCUCUAACAUUGACAUCUAUUCCAUGAGCUUUUUCUAGGCGCUUAUUUUAUUGCAGCGUAUUAAAC